AUGAGUAAAUCCUUCUUCAGCAAAGUUUUAGUUGGAGUAGGAGCUGUCGGAGUAACUGAUUUGUUAUAUCAGCAUGAUUUUAAAGGUAAGUGUUACCUGUUUUUCUAUAUUUUCGUUCAGAUUUCAAAGGAUUCAGUUUGAGGCCUAGGAUAGCACUUGCGGAAGCAAAGGUAUGUGUUUAUUCUUCUGGGUAUAUUUGUUAAAUUUAGGUUGAGAAGGAUGGUACGAUACCGUACUUGUUGAUUGGUGCUGGAACAGCUUCGUACUUUGCUGCUCUAUCAAUCAGAGGUCGAGAUGCAAAAGCAAAAGUUCUCAUAAUCGGGGAUGAAUCACAUUCCUCAUACAACAGAACAGCUUUAUCAAAAGGUAAGUAUUGUUUUCGAAAUCUUAAUGUUAGUUCAGAUUUGUGGUGGCACAACUACGACCCUACCGAUCCCUAUUCCCUUGAGUAUGCUGGGUAUAAAGGGCGAAGAAAGCACGUUGGAUACGAAGCAGAAGGCUUCUACAUUGACUACAACAAAUUGGACGAGUUCCCGAAUGGUUGUGUCGGUUUGAUUAGGAACACAAAAGUAACACGGAUUGAUGCUGACAAGAAGAUUGCCUAUCUUAACAAUGGAAGGACCAUCAAAUUCGACAAGUGUUUGAUAGCGACAGGUAAAAGACUAAAACUUUUGAUAUGUGAUUAUUCAAGUCAAAGUAGUUUUAUAAAAUAAUUUUUUUGUAUUUUAGGAGCCUCGCCAGUGUUGUCUCCAGUGUUUGAUAAAGAAGAGCUCAAGGGCAAAGUCUUCAACUUUAAAAACGUAUGUCAAGUUUUAUUGCGACUCAAACCCUAUAAAACCACUUUUUUAUUACUUUUGUGCUCAAUGUUAUCAUAUUUUAGAUUGAGGACUACAUAAAACUGAGGAAGGCGGUUCAGCCAGGUACAAAGAUUGCUGUCCUUGACGGAGGGUUACUUGGAACGGAACUCUCAUUCUCUGUGAAACACUUUAACGAUGGCGUAGAAGUGAUCCAGCUGGUGCCAGAGACCGUGUGUUUAGAAAAGAUCCUUCCAGAAACAUUGGCUAAAGAAUGUCAGGAGAGUACCGAAGAAAGUGGAGUACGAGUGAUAAGGAAUGUUGAUGUAGAGUCAGCUACAAAACUGCCGAAUGGGAAGGUUUACUUGAAACUGAAAACUGACAGAGGCACGAUUACUGUGCUAGUGGAUUACGUAGUCGACGGCCGAUCAUGGAAACCGAAUGUUGAGAUAGCCGAGAACUCGAGGCUUGAAUUAGACCCUGUUAACCAAGGUAUUGUGGCUAAUGCUCAGAUGUUGGUGAGGAAGGACAUCUACGCUGCUGGAGAUGUGGUGUCAUUCUACGAUCCGGUGCUGGGAAGAAUGAGAAAACAGCAGAUCGAGCACGCUGAGAUCACAGGACGAUGUGCUGGAGAAAACAUGAGUGGAGGGACAAGAAUAAUGCCUCGGAGAGCUUCCUUCAGGUCUAGGAUUGGAGAAACAUUAUUCUUGGAAGGCGUCGGAUUCACAAAUCCAAAGUUGAAGACUGUCGUGUACAGGGCUGACGUAGGUUACUGUAUUUUAAAUUUAAGUUGAAAAAAUGAUUGCGUUUUGAAAACUUUGUUUUAAAAUUUACUUUUCUGUCUUUGAAGAAACAUUUCGAACUCUUAUCCAAUUAUAGAACAAGGAGAGCUUUCCACGGUGGAUAUGCUUCUACCUAUACAACGAUCGUAUCGUCGGCGUUAUAACGUGCAACAUGACCUACACGUUGGAGUACGCCAGGAAGCUGAUCGAAGACGCUCGAUUGCAGACUGACAUGCAUGAAGUUGCCAAAUUGUUUACGUUAUACAAGGCUGAGAAGCCUGAGGAAGAAGAGUCAUCGGAUGACACACCUCCUUCUAGUUAG